AUGCCAGCGUCCAGGUCGGGUAGGCUGCAUAAGAAAGGCUGUAACCUGGCCCGUAGGACCCAGAGACAGGCCACAGCAGCUUGGAGGCUCCUCUACAGACUGCUCUUCAUGGUGAGUAGGACAGAGGGAUUGAGAUCGAGAGGAUUGAUGAUUGUCGUGGGAGUACAGUUGACCGUUCAUAGAGGGAAGGACAGUGUUAGUGGGUUAUGGGGUUUAGUCUUUCACUGUCUAGUUGUUCAAGUGUGGCGAUGGGUAUCAACCUCAGGCUCAACAUGUUUUAGGGCUGUAGGUGUUGUGACAGAGAGGUUAAAACUAUUCCUCAUGGGGAGAGGGAGAGAGAGAUGUCUGGCUUUACAACAGGGAGAGCAGAUGGGGUGAUAGUCCCGAGUGAGCUGUCCAAUUUGGGCUAAUUGGCAGGAUAGGAUUUAGCUAAUUCUUCCUAGAAUCCCCACAGGCUUCAUGGUUGUUCAAUCAGAAAAACCCAGUCAGUUCCCUAUGUUGCAUAAGUGGGCUAUAGUAUAAGCGCUAAAACUGUGAGAGGAGCCCAAAUGCAGCAGAAGCUGUCAAGCGUAACCAGAAUACGGAGGGAGAAUUGAGACUAGCGCUGUUGGAUGUGCUCGUCCAUUCUCCAGCUGCAGUGCUGCCUCCUGCUCCCGGCUCCCCCUCUCCACAGCUCCCAAGCGGCCUGUUCGCAGAUCUUAAUUGGAUAUUUGGGUUAGCCGUCAGGCGUUUGGCUCAGACCGUUGGUGGGAUUGUUGUGAGAUAGGGAGACUUCUGAGUCAUGUCUCUCUCUCUCUCUCUCUUUUCCCCUAGUCAUGUUCUCACAGGUCGCCCAUAUUAAGUUGAUGAAAAGUAAUGCUGCGAGAAAGGGAGAAUCCUUCUGUCUGUCUCAGUGUGCGCAUGCCUGUGUGUGUAGCUCAGUGUGUGGCUUCAGAAACAAACAUUAUCUGUCUGUGUGAGGCAAGUUUGCCUCUGAAGCUGCCGCAGGGUAUCUGAUUAAUAUGUAAACAUCAUCUCCUUCAGCCCUUUUUCCUCCUUGAGCUGGUCUCAUAGCCUUUCAGCUGCAAUAUGGAGGAGCUUUGGUCUGUGUUAGUGUGGGUGAAACAUAUCCACUACAUUCAGUGUGUGUGCUUGAGCUUGUGUGUGUGGGUGUCGAUGCUUGCCUGCGUGCCUGAGUCUGUUCUUUUGUGUAUCUACAGUAUACAGCCGUACAGAAUCCAGUCAGUGUAGUAGCAUAGUGGGUCAGCUCAGUCUCAGUGUAAUUAUCAUUGCUCACGCAGAGACCCAGAGCUGCUGGCUGGGUGGUCGUAUCUAGAGGCCAGCCAGACCUAGCCUACCCCAUGCCUGAAUCCCCUUCCCCUCAGUGGGGGCCUGAGCCACCAGCCCCCUGCCCCUAGCCCCAAGACCACUGCCGUAGCCAUGCUGCUCCCACGGUGCUGCCUAGUUCUCUAUCCUCUCUACAGAUUAGUAUUGAAGCUGCUUUGGCACCCUCCUGAGUAACCAUGUUAUGAUUAAGCAAUAAGGCACAAGGUUGUAUGGUAUAUGGCCAAUAUACCACGGCUAAGGGCUGUUCUUAUGCACAACACAACGUGAAGUGCCUGGACACAACCCUUAGCCGUGGUAUAUUGGCCAUAUACCACAUACCCCCGAGGUGCCUUAUUGCUAUUAUAAACUGGUUACUAACGUAAUUAGAACAGUAAUUGCAAAUGUUUUGUCAUACUCGUGGUAUACGGUCUGAUAUACCACAGCUUUCAGCCAAUCAGCAUUCAGAGCUCAAACCACCCAGUUUAUAAUUACCUGAUGAGCUACUGGCUUAGCUUAAUAGAGGACUUGAUUUGUCCUCUGUCUCUAUGGUAUACUCUAACACUAUCUCGGUCCUGCUGGGUUGUUAUACUGUGAGGGCUGUUUAUUGAUUUGGUUUGUGUAUGUCGUGUGCGUGAAUUUGUCUGCGCUGUUGCUGUGCAAUAUUGAUGGUGACAGGCAGGGUAUUUUCUGAGAAUUGCUUAUGUGUAACGAUCAGCGUCUCUCUCACUUUUCUCUCUCACUCAAAAAUGCAUUCUCUUGCACUGACUCUCUUGCAGUGGCUCUUCCUUCUACACCCCCCCCCCCCCCCCCCCCUCCCCCAGUGGCUCUUCCUUCUACACCCCCCCUCCCCCAGUGGUGGUUGUCCCACUGGCUAUCCUAAGUUGAAUGCACCAAUUUGUAAGUCGCUCUGGAUAAGAGCGUCUGCUAAAUGAUGUUAAAUGUUAUGCACACUCACUGGACUCUACCCACACACUCACACAUACUUCACUGACAUCCCAACACACACACACACACAGACACACACACACAUCCAGAGUCAUAUUCCAGCAAAACAAGUUAUGACAUCACCAACCAGAACGUUCACUAAUAGGUCCGGUAUCACAUCAUCAACUUGUAUUGAUCACAUUUUUACUAACAUGGCUGAACAUUGUUCUAAAGCUGUAUCAGUGGCACUAGGUUGUAGUGAUCAUAACUGGCUGGCCCUAAGGUAAUCUACCGAAGGUCCUACAGAGGGUUCAAUCAGGACUCAUUUGUGGAUGAGAUUAAGAAUGUGCAAUGGUUAGAAGUGUGUAGUAAGGAUGAUCCUGAAAUGUCACUAAGUUUAUGAAAUUAUUUAUGAGUAUUGCUGAUAGGCAUCCCCCUUUAAGAAAAUGCACUGUGAGGUCAAACGGUGCCCCAUGGAUUGAUGAUGAGCUGAGAAAUGUAAUGAUUCAACGUUAUGAUGCUAAAAAGCAGCAGAUAAAUCUGGCACUCUGUUUGGUAAGCAAAGUUAUUGUAAAUUAAGAAAUCUUGUGACCAAGCUAAACAAAGGAAAGAAGAAGGGAUUCUAUCAGCACAAAAUUGAUGAAGUAAAGGAUGAUGGGAAAAAAACUGUGUAGAACGUUGAACGCUAUUAUGUGUAGGAAUUGGAACAUGUCCGCCUCUUUUGUUGAAUCAGAGGGUAUAUUUAUUACAAAACCACACGACAUCGCACACUACUUUAAUGAAUAUUUUACAGGCAAAGUGGACAAGUUGAGGAAUGCCAUGAGUCCAACUGAUGGCUCCAUGUCAUAUACCCUUAUAAAAGAUUGCAUCAUGAAGGAGAGGCAAUGCAUGUUCGAAUUUCACCAAGUAGAAAGGGAAGAGGUUGAAAGGAUGUUGUUGUCUCUUUCGGAUGACAAGUCACCUGGUACAGAUAAUCUUGACGCCAAAUUGCUUAGAGUUACAGCUAACCAAAAACGAUAUUAUAACCGCGAUCGAUAAAAGACAGUACUGCGCAGCCUUCUUCAUCGACCUGGCCAAGGCUUUCGACUCUGUCAACCACCGCAUUCUUAUUGGCAGACUAAAUAGCCUUGGUUUCUCUAAUGACUGCCUCGCCUGGUUCACCAACUACUUCUCAGAUAGAGUUCAAUGUGUCAAAUCGGAGGGCCUGUUGUCUGGACCUCUGGCCGUCUCUAUGGGGGUGCCACAGGGUUCAAUUCUCAGGCCGACUCUAUUCUCUGUGUAUAUCAAUGAUGUCGCUCUUGCUGCUGGUGAUGCUCGGAUCCACCUCUAUGCGGACGACACCAUUUUGUAUACAUCUGGCCCUUCAUUGGACACUGUGUUAACAAACCUCCAAACGAGCUUCAACGCCAUACAACACUCCUUCCGUAGCCUCCAACUGCUCUUAAACACUAGUAAAACUAAAUGCAUGCUCUUCAACCGAAUGCUGUUUGCACCCGCCCACCCGACUAGAAUCACUACUCUCGGCGGGUCUGACCUAGAGUAUGUGGACAACUACAAAUACCUAGGUGUCUGGUUAGACUGUAAACUCUCCUUCCAGACUCACAUUAAGCAUCCCCAAUCAAAAGUUAGAUCUAGAAUCGGCUUCCUAUUUCACAACAAAGCCUCCUUCACUCAUGCUGCCAAACAUGCCCUCGUAAAACUGACUAUCCUACCGAUCCUUGACUUCGGCGAUGUCAUUUACAAAAUAGCCUCCAACACUCUACUCAGCAAAUUGGAUGUAGUCUAUCACAGUGCCAUCCGUUUUGUCACCAAAGCCCCAUAUACUACCCACCAUUGUGACCUGUACGCUCUUGUUGGCUGGCCCUCACUACAUAUUCGUUGCCAAACCCACUGGCUCCAGGUCAUCUAUAAAUCACUGCUAGGCAAAUCCCCGUCUUAUCUUAGCUCACUGGUCACCAUAGCAACAUCCACCCGUAGUCUGCGCUCCGGCAGGUAUAUCUCACUGGUCAUCCCCAAAGCCAACACCUCCUUUGGCCGCCAUUCCUUCCAGUUCUCUGCUGUCAAUGACUGGAACGAACUGCAAAAAUCUCUGAAGCUGGAGACUUUUAUCUCCCUCACUAACUGUCAGUUGUCAGAGCAGCUUACCGAUCACUGCACCUGUACACAGCCAUUCUGGAAUUAGCCCACCCAACUACCUCAUCCCCAUAUUGUUAUUUAUUUUGCUAAUUUGCACCCCAGUAUCUCUAUUUGCACAUCAUCUUUUGCACAUCUAUCAUUCCAGUGUUAAUUACGAAAUUGUAACUAUUUUUGCACUAUGGCCUAUUUAUUUAUUGCCUUCCACAACUUACUACAUUCGCACACACUGUAUAUAUAUUUUCUGUUGUAUUUUUGACUUUAUGUUUUGUUUACCCCAUAUAUAACUCUGUGUUGUUUGUUGUUUUUAUUGCACUGCUUUGCUUUAUCUUGGCCAGGUCGCAGUUGUAAAUGAGAACUUGUUCUCAACUGGCUUACCUGGUUAAAUAAAGGUGAAAUAAAAUAAAUAAAUAAAUAUCUACCCCAAUCUCUCAUAUUUUUAAUAAGUGCUUGAUUUAUGGGGUGUGCCCAGAAGUCUGGAAAAAGUCAAAGGUUAUUCCACUACCUAAGGAUUAAACAUUCUGAAUUCACUGGUCCUAAUAUGCUUGCUGCCUGUGUUAAGUAAAUUAUUUGAAAAAAAUGUAUCUGUACAAAUUAAGGAUUAUUUCUCAUGUAAUGGUCUGAUUACAGGUUUACAGCAUCCAUACAAAGAAUGGCAUUCUACGAGUACGGCCUUAGCACAAAUGACAGAUGAUUGGUUAAAGAGUAUGGAUGACAGGAAGUUAGUCGGUGCAGUGUUGCUAGAUUUCAGUGCUGCUUUUGAUGUAAUUGAUCAUGAACUGUUACUAGGUAAACUAAAAUGUUAUGGUUUUAAGUCUGCAUCUCUAUCCUGGAUGGAAAGCUAUCUAUCCAGAAGAAGGCAAAAAUUAUUUAAUGGUAGCUUUUCAAACAGUAAAGAUAUACGCUGUGGUGUUCCUCAAGGAAGCUGCCUAGGCCCACUUCUCUACUCUGUCUUUACUAAUGAUUUACCUUCAGUAAUGAGCAAAGCAAGAGUGGUAAUGUAUGCUGAUGACUCUACAAUGUAUAGCGCAGCAUCAGAAUGUAAUGAGCUAACAGAUGUACUGAGUAGUGAACUAAGAAUGGUGUCUGAGUGGGUUGAUAUGAACAAAUUGGUGUUGAACAUUUCUAAAACUAAAUGUAUUGUACUUGGUUCAAGAUAUAUGCUUGUUGAUGAUCCCCAAUUGAAUUUGUUGAUGAAUAGAACGCAUGUAGAGCAAGUGAAAAAAACGGAACUACUAGGCAUCAUGGUCAGAACACAUAGAUAUUGUUAUUAAAUGGGUAAGGGAAUUGCUGUUACAAGAAAAUGUUCAGGGUAUGUAACAUCUAGCACUCUGAAUCAGGUGAUUCAAUCCCUGGUCCUAUCACACCUAGAGUACUGUCCAGUUAUAUGGUAAUCUGCAGCAAAGAAAGAUAUAAAUAAAAGCUAAAUCACUCAAAACAGGGCUGCCAGAUUAGCUCUUCAUUGCUCUAUCCGUAUGAAUAUUAUCCAAAUGCAUCAAUCUCUCAUGGCUUCACGUUGAAAACACAGUCCUAUCCAAUCUUCUGAUUUUCUUUAGGAAUGUUAUUAUUAUUAUUUUUUUAUUAUUAUUUUUUAACGGAUUUAUCAGACCAGUUAGUACAUACUGGCAACACGCAUAACCACCAAACCAGACAGGUAAAUUCAGGGCAUCUAAGACAACCCAAGCCAAGGACAAAUCGCCUUCAAUCUACAGUUUUAAAUAGAGCCAUAGCUGAAUGGAACUCUUUACCAAUCCAUAUUUCUCAGGCAAAAAAGUAAAUCCACCUUCAAGAAAAAAAUGAAAGAACAUCUAAUGCAAUAGACCAUAUGACUGGACAGGAAAUAGAAAGCAUCAACUGAAUGUUAAAUGUGUUACAUGUCAGGUAUUUUAAUUGCCUGUAUUGUCUACUUGUUAAAUGUUGUAAAGUCUUUAAUUUGUAAUUGUUUGGAAUGUCUUAUUAAUUGGUGUUGGACCCCAGGAAGAUUAGCGAACGUUACGGCGUUAGCUAAUGGGCAUCCUAAUAAAAAUACUAUCAGAGCCGAUGACAGCCCUGAGCCAAUCACACAGCUAGCACUGUGUGAUACUGUAUUACUGUUUAAGUUGCACUCUAUGGUUUAGCUUUGUGUGCUGUGUACUGUAUUCCAGCUUGUUAUGAUGGUUGAUGGGGAUAUUGUUUUUGAUUGAUGUUUAAACAAGAUAAAAGUCCUUGUGAUCCUAAUACGCUUUGUGUCUACAUGUUACUGUGGUCCCUAACUGCUCUGUCUCUCUAUCGCCCCCUGCAGAGCGUGGAGACUGUGUGCACGCUGUACCACACCUUCCAAGAGGGCUCCGGGGGCCUGAUGGAGGGCCACAAAGAACCCCCGAACCCAGGGGCCGAGCCCACCCUGCUCAGAACCUGCCCCCGACACAUGAGCGCCACCGAGAGGCUCAGCAAGGUCAUCCAGGAGCUGGUGGACACAGAGAAGUCCUACGUCAAGGUAAUUAUUUGUUAUCUUACUUUUAUAAUUCUUGAAGGUAAUAGCCAAUUCAGUCUAUUCAGUUGAGCCAGGAUGAAGAGACAGGGCAUAGGAAAGCAAAGCCACAGAAGAGUAACAAGACAAUUGUCUAUUUCUGUUGCGCCAUGGGGAGAAACAAAGUAGCCUGCUUCAUUAUACUCUACAGUACACAGGCUCAUAAUUCAGAGGCCCUGUACAGCUCAAGUUUCCAACUCUCAUGAUCUUCACCUCGUCUCUCUGUGUGUGUCAGAGGAGUCUGCUGAUUGUCCUACAGCUCUCUCUCUCUCUCUCUCUCUCUCUCUCUCUCUCUCUCUCUCUCUCUCUCUCUCUCUCUCUCUCUCUCUCUCUCUCUCUUUAUUGGCAUGGGAAACGUAUGUUAACAUUGCCAAAGCAAAUGAAGUAGAUAGUAAACAAAAGUGAAAUAAACAAAUAUUAACAGUAAACAUUACACUCAGAAGUUCCAAAAGAAUAAAGACAUUUCAAAUGUCAUAUUAUGUCUAUAUACAGUGUUGUAACAAUGUGCAAAUAGUUAAAGUACAAAUGGGAAAAUAAAUAAACAUAAAUAUGGGUUGUAUUUACAAUGGUGUUUGUUCUUCACUGGUUGCCCUUUUCUUGUGGCAACUCUAUGAUGCAGUGGUGGUGUAUAAGUGGCAUUGGUGUUGUCGGAUUCACUAACCCACCUCUUGUGUCUCUUUCGCUUUGUCUGUCUUUCCUUCCUCCAGGACCUGAGUUGCCUCUUUGAGAUCUACCUGAAGCCCUUGCAGAAUGAGACCUUCCUCACUCUGGACGAGGUAGAGGAGGGAGCCCCUGAGAGGAGGGAGGGGGGUUGGUGGGAUUGGUGGAGGGGAGGACGGGGGAUUGGAGGGGGAGUUAAUAGAGAUAGAGAAUUUGAUGAGGUUGGUUCAUGAUGACUGAUCCAGGCUCUGUCGUAGCCGGCCGCAACCGGGAGACCAAUGGGGCGGCGCACAAUUGGCCCAGCGUCGUCCAGGGUAGGGGAGGGAAUGGCCGGCAGGGAGGUAGCUCAGUUGGUAGAGCAUGGUGUUUGCAACGCCAGGGUUGUGGGUUCGAUUCCCACGGGGGGCCAGUAUGAAAAUAAUAUAAUAAUAAUGUAUGCACUAACUGUAAGUCGCUCUGGAUAAGAGCGUCUGCUAAAUGACGUAAAUGUAAAUGUAAAAAUGAAGAUUGAUAGCUUUAUUAGAUUGGGGUGGGGGUGAGGUUAAAUUACCUCAGUAAUGAACUCUCAGGACCUCUUCUUAUUAGUCCCUUACUGACAUAGGACCAAAUAUUAGAAAGUGUGGGUAAGAUUCUGUUUGUAGUCUUCCAUUGUUCAUCGAUACAAUUUACUCUUAUCUCAGGUUGGGAUUAGUCCUUGUGUGACUGUCCCUCUCUGAGCCCACAAGGCUAUGGCUGGAGAAUGCUAAUGAUAGUAUAGCUUUAGUCCCACUUAGCUAGGGACAUUGAUGUGAACUGAGCCUAACCUCAGUCUCAGGACGACGCUCUCACAGGAGAGAUCCAUCGAUACACACUGAGGAGUGUGGCUGAUUAAACCACCAUUAACAGACACUCAGACGUGUCUAGGCACACAGUGGACAAGAGAGCAAGACACCCUGAAUAUAUUUUAAUGAAGGUGAGGGAGUGGGAAGGAGAGAGCGAGAGACUGGGAGAUUGUAUUAGAGAUGGAAGGAAAGAGAGGCUGUUCCUAAGUGCCUCUCACAUCUGAGACAUUAGAGGGGGUGGUGAACGAGUGACUGACUGCUGUCAAAUCAACAUUUAUUUGUCACAUGCGCCGAAUACAACGGGUGUAAACCUUACCGUGAAAUGCUUGCCAACAAUGUAGUUCAAGAAAUAGAGUUAAGAAAAUAUUUACUAAAUAAACUAAAGUAAAAAAAUUUUUUAAAAUAAAAAGUAACACGAUAAAAUAACAAUAACGAGGCUAUAUACAGGGUGUACCGGUACCGAGUCAAUGUGCGGGGGUACAGGUUAGUCGAGGUAAUUUGUACUUGUAGGUAGUGGUAAAGUGACUGCAUAGAUAAUAAACAGCGAAUAGCAGCAGUGUAAAAACAAAGGGGGGGGGGUCAAUGUAAAUAGCCAUUUGAUUAAUUGUUCAGCAGUCUUAUGGCUUGGGGGUAGAAGCUGUUAAGGAGCCUUUUGGUCCUAGACUUGGUGCUCCGGUACCGCUUGCCGUGCGGUAGCAGAGAGAACAGUCUGAGUUGGGUGACUGGAGUCUUUGACCAUUUUUUGGGCCUUCCUCUGACACCGCCUAGUAUAUAUCUCUGACCAGGCCCAUGUCUCUCCUUUCCUUCAGAUGGAUAGUCUUUUUGGCAGCCUGCCAGAGAUGCUGGACUUCCAGAGGGUGUUCCUGCAGACACUGGAGGAGAGGAUCGCCUCUUCACCUGACUUCAGAACGCUGGAGACCCCUGAGCAGUUUAAGGUAUGGUAGCUUGGAGCACACACAAACACACGUGACCCCUAUGUUACAGCUGCCUCUGCCAACCAUCUCUUGCAAAAUACACACAUGACAUGAAACCACAUACUCAUAGGUUUAUUAACCAGUGAGCUAUGAUGGUGUCCUGUCACACCUUGGGAUAUUAAUUAUUGAAGAGAUGUCACAGGUUCACACAUGGUUGAUUUACUGCAUCGACAUGGCAACGUGUGUGGCCUAUUGAUUUUGCGAUGUUGACUUGGAGAAUUGUAUCUUGAUAAAAGCACUGUACUCAGGGGUUAGAGGGGGCGGGGCCUGGGGGAUUUUAAACACUGUCCAAUGGGAGGGAGGUGAGAGUGGUCAGGUCACGACUUCACAUGUUCUCUCCAUCCCUCUCUCCAUCACACACUCACACUCUCCCUCCAUCUCUCUCUUUCUUUCUUUCUCACUCUCUCUUUCUCUCUCUCUUGUCUCUCUCUGUGUCUCUGUGAUUCCAGAAGCUUCUCUUCUCUCUGGGUGGAUCCUUCCUGUACUACGCUGAUCACUUCAAGCUCUACAGCGGCUUCUGUGCCAACCACAUCAAGGUCCAGAAAGUCUUGGAGAGAGGUACGGGUCUCCCCUCUACCCAACGCUGUCCCCCACCCCACAUCUGCCCACAAUACCCACUUGCACCUCCAUUGCAUCAUCCCCACCAUCCCCAGCACUCUAUGUAAAUGACAUGGCUGACUAGGCUCCUACUGUCCAGCAUCAAUAAUGUACUCCAGUAAAAUGUCUCUGAGUGGAGCUACUCGCUUGGUAAAAGUAAUGUGAUGCAAUUCCACUUUACUUCAACCGCCUCUUGCGUAUUAACUCUAUCAAUCUGGACUCCCUGCAUUCUCUUUCAUAUCAACUCAACUGUGAAUGGCUUCCCAUUGUAAAACUGUGAAAGUGCCUAGGCUAGCUGAAGUCCCCCCAUUGCGCAGCACAGCUAAAGCUGGUCUAUAAUGAGAGAAAAACUAUUAAACGCUGACAGGGGUAGCGCUAGUCAUUUUGAGCACCCCUGUGUAAUGAUUGAAUAUAAAUGUUGAACUUAAUUUAUUUCUAUGACGUUGGCCUCCUCCGUUUUGGGCACACUGCCCAGCGCAGAAUGAAUGAAACAAGAGUGGGAAAAUUGCACCCCUGUGCCUCUUAAAUUCCUCCCAUUACAAGAUUAUGUGCGGCGUUCCUAGAAGCAGGUACCGAAAUGGAGUUUUAAUGGCGCAGGGAGAAUCUGGCAAGUGGUUUGGCCUGUUCCACCACAGUCUCUGAUGAAUCAGAAUGAACUGGAGUAGGAAACAGCAUAGUAAACAUGAUACAUCACUACAGCACUACUGUUACAGUGGCGUAGGGCAUUAGAGCAGAACUCACAGUAUACUACAACACACAGCACAGGCCAGCAGUACACAGCAUAGCCUAGCACAGUGGAACCCAGCACAGCUGAAUGAGGGUGUUCACAGAGAAUCUGUGGGUGUCUGUCAGCGGUUCUAGUAAUUACACGUUCUCGUUCUCCCUGGGUUCUCGCUGCGCACACACUUUGUGUUUACUCGUUAAUUGCCUGCCAAUUACUGUGUGAAGUGUCAAUGCGGCUGCCUGUCGGUCUGUGGCUCAGAGUGCUAUAAUUAAUACUCUAAUGGCCUCUCAAUCGUUCCACACAGAGACGCACGGCAAGGUGGUGAGGAAUGUCAACACCUGACCUCCAGAAAGCCUCUCUGUGUUACAGUGCUACACCACGCAGCACCCAAUAUUAGCAUCUCUCCACUCUAUACACUGUGAAUGAAAAUCACUGCAGUGAUUCUUUUGAAACAUAGUGUCUUUUGAAUGGUAGUGUUUUGAGUGGAGUGGCAGUCUCAUGUCAACACCAUGUUUUACAGAAGCUACAGUGCAUUCGGAAAGUAUUCAGACCCCUUGACUUUUUCCACAUUUUGUUACGUUAGUCUUAUUCUAAAAUGGAUUAAAUUGUUUUUUUCCUGUUCAUCAAUCUACACACAUACUCCAUAAUGACAAAGCUAAAACAGGUUUGCAAAUGUAUUAAACUGAAAUAUCACAUUUUUCUUACAUAAGUAUUCAGACCCUGGCCUCCCGAGUGGUGCAGUGUCACUAGAGAUCCUGGUUCAAGUCCAGGCUCUGUCGCAGCCGGCCGCAACCGGGAGACCCAUAGGGCGGCGCACAAUUAGCCCAGCACUGUCCAGGGUAGGGGAGGGUUUGGCCGGCAGGGAUGUUCUUGUCCCAUCGCGCACUAGCGACUGCUGUGGCGGGCCGGGCACAGUACACACUGACUCGGUCGCCAGGUGUACAGUGUUUCCUCCGUUACAUUGGUGCGGCUGGCUUCCGGGUUAAGCGGGCAUUGUGUCAAGAAGCAGUGCGGCUGGGUUGGGUUGUGUUUCUGAGGACCCACGGCUCUCGACCUUUGCCUCUCCCGAGUCCAUACGGGAGUUGCAGCAAUGGGACAAGACUGUAACUACCAAUUAGAUACCACGAAAUUGGGGUAAAAAAAUCAAAAAUCAAAAUAAAACCUAAGUAUUCAGACCCUUUACUCAGUACUUAGUUGAAGCACCUUUGGCAGCGAUUACAGCCUUGAGUCUUCUUGGGUAUGACGCUACAAGCUUGGCACACCUGUAUUUGGGGAGUUUCUCCCAUUGUUCUCUGCAGAUCCUCUCAAGCUCUGUCAGGUUGGAUGGGGAGCGUCGCUGCACAACUAUUUUCAGGUCUCUCCAGAGAUGUUCUAUCAGGUUCAAGUCCGGGCUCUGGCUGGGCCACUCAAAGAUAUUCAGAGACUUGUCCCGAAGCCACUCCUGCGUUGUCUUGGCUGUGUGGUUAGGGUCGUUGUCCUGUUGGAAGGUGAACCUUCGCCUCAGUCUGAGGUCCUGAGCUCUCUGGAGCAGGUUUUCAUCAAGGAUCUCUCUGUACUUUGCUCCGUUCAUCUUUCCCUUGAUCCUGACUAGUCUCGGAGUCCCUGCCACUGAAAAACAUUCACACAGCAUGAUGCUGCCACCACCAUGCUUCACCGUAGGGAUGGUGCCAGGUUUCCUCCAGAUGUAACGCUUGGCAUUCAGGCCAAAGAGUUCAAUCUUGCUUUCAUCAGACCAUAGAAUCGUGUUUCUCAUGGUCUGAGAGUCCUUUCGGUGCCUUUUGGCAAACUCCAUGUGAGCUGUCAUGUGCCUUUUACUGAGGAGUGGCUUCUGUAUGGCCACUCUACCAUAAAGGCCUGAUUGGUGGAGUGCUGCAGAGAUGGUUGUCCUUCUGGAAGGUUCUCCCAUCUCCACAGAGGAACUCUGGAGCUCUGUCAGAGUGACCAUCGGGUUCUUGGUCAAAUGCCUGGCCAAGGCCCUUCUCCCCCGAUUGCUCAGUUUGGCCGGGCGGCCAGCUCUAGGAAGAGUCUUGGUGGUUCCAAACUUCUUACAUUUAAGAAUGAUGGAGGCCACUGUGUUCUUGGGGAACUUCAAUGCUGCAGAAAUGUUUUGGUACCCUUCCCUGUGUCUCGACACAAUCCUGUCUCGGAGCUCUACGGACAAUUCCUUCGACCUCAUGGCUUGGUUUUUGCUCUGACAUGCACUGUCAACUGUGGGACCUUAUAUAGACAGGUGUGUGCCUUUUCAUGUCCAAUCAAUUGAAUUUACCACAGGUGGACUCCCAAGUUGUAGAAACAUCUCAAGGAUGAUCAAUGGAAACAGGAUGCACCUGAGCUCAAUUUCUAGUCUCAUAGCAAAGGGUCUUUAUACUCAUGUAAGUAAGGUAUUUCUGUUUUUUAUUUUUAAUACAUUUGAUAACAUUUCAAAAAAACUGUUUUCGCUUUGUCAUUAUGGGGUAUGUGUGUAGAUUGAUGAAGAAGAAAAAAAUAUUUUAUCAAUUUUAGAAUAAGGCUGUAACGUAACAAAAUGUGGAAAAAGUAAAGGGGUCUGAAUACUUUCUGAAUGCACUGUACCUACCUGCAGUGUUGCCAUUUUACUGCAGUCAUGCUAGGGUGAGGAGUAGCCUAUACUGCCCCCCUGUGGACAAGUAUUAUUGCACCAAGAUACCAUGAUAGGUCUAAUGCUAGCACCACUAGCACCAUCCUCCAAGCUUGCGACAGUAUGAGAGAUGUGAUUGAAAAUACUGACGUACAGAGCUUGGUAAAGUAAGUCUAAUGUUUGUCUGUUGUCUACAGCUAAGACUGACUUGGCCUUUAAGGAGUUCCUGGAUGCGAGGAACCCAACGAAGCAGCACUCGUCCACCCUGGAGUCCUACCUGAUCAAGCCAGUCCAGAGAGUGUUAAAGUACCCUCUACUGCUCCGAGAGCUAGUGUCCCUCACUGACACAGACAGCGAGGAGCACUACCACCUCACAGGUACAUUGAAGAUGCACACACACAAACAUAACACACACACGCACGCACACACUAACACUUCCCUCUCCUCUUAUGUACCCCCAGAGGCCCUGAAGGCCAUGGAGAAGGUGGCCAGCCACAUCAAUGAGAUGCAGAAGAUCUAUGAGGAUUAUGGCUCUGUGUUUGACCAGCUGGUGGCAGAGCAGAGUGGCCAUGAGAAGGAGGUAGCUAUACUGUACUGUACCCUGCUGCUCUACCCUCUGCUUCAAUUACAGCAGCUUUCAUCACACUCACUCAUAUCUUUAAUCUGGACACGUACUUAGGCCAAAACCAGCACAGCCUACGUUUGCUGCAUAACCAUCAAGGUCAAUUCAGUCUAUUCAAGGGAUCUUGGUGAUAUGUCUCUUACAGAAACUGGAUGGAAAUAGCUAAGUUCCCUUGUAGAUACUUCCUCCUAUAGGUACUCAACAUCCACCCCACAUAGAUGGCACUUGGUUGUGGUAGCUGAAGCCCCAUUCCCUGUACACAUUACUUAGUACGUCCCUCACACACUGACUGUGGCCCAUGGGGUUCCUUCUCUCUCCCAGGUCACAGAGCUUUCCAUGGGAGAAUUCCUCAUGCAUUCCUCUGUCGUCUGGCUCAACCCCCAUCUCUCGCUGGGCCGCAUGAGAAAGGAUCCCGAGCUGACCGUGUUUGGUGAGUUGGAGAGACACUGUACCGCUACUGCGGCAUUAUGGGAAAGAGAUUGCCUGGCCCCUGCCAGAGCCAGAGGCGGUUGGCAGUCUGUCUGCCUGGAAUCCUAUCAAAUUCCAUUUGAAAUGCUGAGUCCACUGGCUUUAGACAAACACAUGUAAACACAACACACAUUUAAUGACUAACUAUUAGAUAAAUGUCUUGUAUAUCCACCUAAAUAUUAAUGGUACUGUUUAGUGUUACACCAGUAUAAUUUGGGACUUUUAUGGAUAUAGUGCCAAUGUGCUGUAAACUCAGAUGUAAAAUGCUUCUGAGCGGAUGGAUUCCCUGUGUACAUUCCCAAAGUUGUGUUCAUAAUCAGUGUUCAUGUCCUUUCUCUCAUCAGUGUUCAAGAAGGCAGUGAUACUUGUCUAUAGGGAGAGCAACAAGCUCAAGAAGAAGGUGAGACCUCUCUCUCUAUCACUUUCAUUUACUUUCAUACAAGGGUGAAAGUAAGCCGGUAUGGUAUGGCAUCCCGGCAAAAUAAAUUGUGUAAGUACGCCGUACCGGUAAAACGUGAUUAACACAAAAUGCUAAGAAAACUAUAGGCUAUUACACCAUUAUGUAACAUUACCGCAUGUCAGCCGCAUGAAAAAUGAGCGAAUUGACUUGAAACCGGGUGGAAUACGCUCCAAAUUGCAUUGUGGUUUGACCAGAAUACUUACUUACAUUUCGCCAAGUUGGAGAUGAGUGACCGAGGUGGGUGCGGAAAACAGUGGACGCAAUUCAGGCUACAAGUGUAGGCCUAAUGACAAUCGCAGAAUGUCAUUACAAUACAUGUAGGUGUUUUGUAGCAGAUGUCCCUUUCCAUUCAUCAAAUUGCAGGUGCACAGUCUCGGGGUUGGAUGCUGGAAAUAUUUUGUGAGUGGACAGUCAGAUGAAAACAUCAUGACUGGUUGUGUUUAUGCCACAUUAAAAGUCAUAGGUGGUGUGUCCAUAAGGCUAGGGGAAGCUACGCUUUCCCUAAAGCAAAUUUCCAUUUCCAAAAUUAUAUAGCCUACUCCUGUCUAUACAGAAAUAAAUAAAAUCACUCAAAAUAGGCUACUACAUCAGAAAGCAUGAUUUGGCCACAGAGGAUCAUUAGCUUAAAAAGCUGUGGAUUGUUUUAAAUCGCAUAGCCUACAGUUGGAAGGGCCUGCAAAUUGGGCAGCAUGCGCUGCAAAUACCAAAUUAAUUAUUGUUGAGUUGUGACUGUCAGUGAAAAGCAGAGAGACUCAGCCAGGCAUAUUGCAAUAUUUAAUAAUACAACAGUUUGGAAAGCAUAUGGCUAUUGCUGUAAAGAGAAGACAAUGAAAGACUCCAGUCUGUCUUUUAGUUAUCAAAAUUCUCAACUUAAUUGAGCAAACAGUAGCCUAUCUUAUUGGCACCAGCGGAAAACACCGGCCAUAUCCCCGGUGAGUGUGCAUAUUAACUUUAUCAUUGGGUCAGUGCCACUUUUAUUUGUUUUUGGACAAUCAUCUCCUCCUCCAGGUUAGAUGGACGUCAUAUUGUAUUUGUGUCUCCCCUUUUCGUAGGCCGAUUAUAUGGAUCAGACAAUGUUGUUUUUAUUGAUCUGUUUGUCAGUGUCAGCAGAGUAGGCUACCCUGUAAUGUUUGUCAUAUUAAAAAAGAUUCUGCUAAUGUCUCCAGUCAUAUAAAGUGUAGUAGAAUUGCAUGACAUUUGUUUAUAAAAAGGCCAAUAUUUUCCUGUGCGAAGAAAGGAGCAGAAAUGUAUCUGAUAUAGCCUAGGCCUACUCUACUCACCACUAGGCGCUGCAUUGAACAGUAUUUUCUGCAAACAUUGAGUGUACAAAACAUUAGGAACAUGACAGACUGACCAGGGGAAUCCAGAUGAAAGCUAUGAUCCCUUAUUGAUGUCACCUGUUAAAUCCACUACAAUCAGUGUAGAUGAAGGGGAGGAGACAGGUUAAAGAAGGAUUUUUAAGCCUUGAGACAAUUGAGACAUGGAUUGUCUAUGUGUGCCAUUCAGAUGGUGAAUGGGCAAGACAAAAGAUUAAAGUGCCUUUGAACGGGGUAUGGUAGUAGGUGCCAGGUGCACUGGUUUGUGUGUCAAGAACUGCAACGCUGCUGGGUUUUUCACCCUCAACAGUUUCCCAUGUGUAUCAAGAAUGGUCCACCACCCAAAGGACAUCCAGCCAACAGCAGGCCAGUAGUCGAAAACGGGUUAUUGAUGAAAGAGGACAAAGGAGGCUGGCACAAAUUGUGCAACAGACAGGCUACAGUUAGUCAACUGACAGUCCAGUACAACACUGGUGCCCAAAGACCCAUAAAAGAAUGCACAACUCGUUGUACCUUGACACAAAUGGGGUAUGGUAGCCGACGACCUUACAGAGUUCCACUUCUUUCAGCAAAAAACAAGAAACUGCGGUUGCAGUGGGCUAAGGAAUGAAAAUUGAAAAAUAUUGCCUGGUCUGAUGAAUCCCGGUUCCUGCUGUUUCAAGCUGAUGGGAGGACUAGGGUAUGGAGAAAACCACAUGAGUACAUGCAUCCAUCAUACCGCGUGUCAGCAUUGCAGGCUGGUGGUGGUGGUGUGGGGUGUGUUUCCAUGGCACACAUUGGGCCCCUUGAUAAAAGUGGAGCAACGUUUGAAUGCCACAAGAUAUCCGAACAUCAUUGCCAAUCAGGUGCUUCCCUUCAUGGCAGCAGUGUAUCCAUCUGCAAAUUGAUUUUUUCAGCAGGAUAAUGCCCCAUGCCAGAAGGCUAGGAAUGGUUCCAUGAACAUGACAGUGAAUUCAGCUUACUGCAGUGGCCUGCCCAGUCACCAGAUCUUAAUCCAAUUGAGCAUCUGUGGGAUGAGAUGGAACGAGCUAUUCAGAGUAGAGAUACUACCAGCCAACUUGACACAACUGUGGGAAGCAUUGGAGUCAACAUGGGCAAGCAUCCCUCUUAGGGUUGAAUGGCGGGAACCCGGUUACUGAGAUUUACCAGAAUUUAUGGCGCAAAACCACUCCCUUUUCCCAGAAUAAAUAACUGAGAGAAACCGGUAAAUUAAAAUAAAUUAUUUAUAUGAACAGCAUGGCAUGAAAUGGAAUGUUAAAUUUUAUGCAAUGUCUAAAUCUGGCUUCUCUACGGCCUCUGCAUGAUCAAUCAUCAACGCUCAGGGUGGGGACAGACAGCCCAUCUCAGUAUGGAGCGCAGUUCACAAUGCAUGUAGACCUAUCAUCUCAUCAUGGUAACUUUUUUUCUUGUUGCAGAUAGGCCUGCAUUUGCUGCAGCAAAGUCUAUGCUACAGUAAUAUAAAGACCGAACGAGUGUCUAAUUUACACAUCUCCAUCUGGCUUUCGGGGGUCACCAUAUUUUUUUAUUGUAAAGAUUUUUUGAUUGCAGCAGCAGAGUUUUAAAACAGCCUAAAACUAAAAUAUCGUUGCUUUAAAUCAGUCUUUCUCUCACCAUCAACUCCAUUCAAAUUGCAUCCAAAAUAGAUAAUCCUGUUCUAGAUUGAGAACUAGACCUAUAUAGAUGUCCUAGCCUACCUCUUUCAGGCAAUAAAUUCAAUGCAGUAUUAGCCUUAUGUUUAGCUAAUUAAUGAUGGGUUAUGCAAAAUAAGCUUCUAACUUGCGCAAGUCUCUUGCGCAAUAAGCAAGUACCUGUGCUCCUGUGGCCUCUAUCCUUAAAAAAACGUCUUAACUCUUGGAGUCCCAUGCAGGAAAAGCUAGACUAGAAAAGCUUGCUGGACAUAAUUUUUUUAUACCAAUAGACUAUUUGAAGAGGGACUCAAGCUCUUGUUUGCUGAAUGUUAAAUACAGCAGCCAAUAGAACUCACGGGUAGUUUGAAAGAAGAGCGAACAUGCGAUGGUGGUAGGCUAUAGCAGUUAUUUAUUCUGACCCAUAACCAUUCAAUCUUCGUGAAGAGAAGUGAAAGCCUUCUUUCUGCAUCUAAUUCUAGUCCUAUAUUAUUCAAGGAUGACAACGAAACGCAUUUAAUUUAACUGUUGAAAGCGAGGAAGGAAUGAAGCAACAAUAGAGAGAGAAAGAGGAGGUAGGCUAAUAGCUUUAGGGGAAAUAUUAUGAAAGGUAUAUAUGCAUCAGUCUACUAAUUAUACAAAUAGGACCUAUUAUAUUUCAAGUUCGCUAGCCUAUACUUGUAACUUUGUAGGCAGCAUGGUUUCAACGAUGUGCAUAAUUCCAGUCCAUAUAUAUAUUUAUUUUUUAUUUAACCUUUAUUUAACUAGGCAAGUCAGUUAAGAACAAAUUCUUAUUUACAAUGACGGCCUACACCGGCCAAACCCGGACGACGCUGGGCCAAUUGUGCGCCGCCCUAUGGGACUCCCAAUCACGGCCGGUUGUGAUACAGCCUGGAAUCGAACCAGGGGGUCUGUAGUGACGCCUCAAGCACUGAGAUGCAGUGCCUUAGACCGCUGCGCCACUCGGGAGCCCAAUACAGUAUAAUACAAUACAGUAAUACUCAAAAUGAUUAGCCUACUGGAGCUUGUUUCAUUUAUUUACCCAAGAGAGCAUAUAGCUAGCAUAGGACUAUUUAUAUGCUUUUGAAUGACACUUCCGGUUUUGGCUGGAAAUACUGGGUUACCCGGGAGAAAAGUGAUUUAUUCUCGGGAUGGAACACUUGUAAAAUACUGGGAAAAUGUAAUCCAUGUGGAACGCUUUCGACAUCUUGUAGAGUCCAUGCCCUGACGAAUUGAGGCUGUUCUGAGGGCAAAAGGGGAUGCAACUCAAUAUUAGGAAGGUGUUCCUAAUGUUUUGUACACUGUAUAUUAUUAGCCUAAAUUAUGACUAUCUAAUCAUCACAUUAGUAAUAGUAGGCUAUCUUACAUACGUCUGCAAAUGCGAGGAUGCAUGAAAUGCUUUAUUAUAAAAAUGCAUUUUUAUGGGGAAAAUGUGCUUCCCCGGACAUGAAACCCACUCACCGCCUAUGUUAAAAGGUAUUACAUGUUAAAAGUGAUAUGACCAAUCUUUACUAGGCCCACAGACAUCAUAUAUGAAAUGAAUAGGGAUUCUAUAUGUAAUUCUAUGAUUACACCCCUAGGCUAUAUUUUUUAAAAUUGUGCGAGAGCUUGCAGGUCCCGUACUGAUAAGAAAUGUACUUUCACAUGCCUUUGAUGUCAACAGUGCCUAACCUCUCUCUCUCUCGUGUGUGUGCAGACCGCCCCUCGCUCGGCGCACUCCCAUGGAGACCUAGACCCCUUCAAAUUCCGCUGGCUCAUCCCGCUCUCUGCACUGCAGGUCCGACUAGGCAACGCUACAGGUAAGAGAGCAAGACACACACACACACACACACACUCCUUUAGACAGACACACAAACAUGCACAUACCCUCCUGGCUCUCAUUAACUAUAUAAGAGAUCACAUUCUCUUGGAUUUUGAGUCUUUUGAAUGUAGAUGUGUUGAUUAAAAGGAGCUUCUCCAAUCUCUUCCCCCUAGGAACUGAGACUACCUGCAUCUGGGAGCUGAUACAUACCAAGUCUGAACUGGAGGGAAGGCCAGAGACUGUCUUCCAGCUGUGUAGCAGGUAAGAGAGAGCAGCAGUUUUGACUGGAGACUAUGGAUCUAUAGCUCUUGUCCUUGACUGCCUUCUACAAGGUUAGGGAGGUGCAUGGACUCUCUAGCCAAUCAGUGGUCCAUUGAGUGUCAGGGGAAAAUGAUCCCCAGCAGGACAGUGGUCCCAGAGGAGUGGCGGGGUGCCCCCCUACUGUAAACUCACUGAGUGAAUUAGCCCUUUUCUAUCAGAGUAUGGUAUAUAAAGAUUCCCGCUGUCUCCCUCCCAGUGUCCCAGAGUGCAAAGUCAACAUCAUCAAGGUCAUCCGCUCCAUCCUCCGGGAAAACGUCAGGCGGAACAUGCUCCCGGCCGAGAGGCGGUGUAAGGAGCGCCUCACGCCUCUACGCAGCACCCUGCCCUCCUCUGCCAGGAUAGGUGAGUCCCAUCCCUACCCUGUUCCAAAAAAUCACUUAAAAUAACACUGCUUUGAUUUCUAUUUAAGUGAUAAUGCCCUCGAAGCCGGUGUUUGGAGGAUAUAUUGGCACGGGUGUCCGUCGAGGGCCGGCAAACUGUGCCAAUAUAUCCUCCUAACACCUGCUUCGAGGGCAUUAUCACUUUUAUACAACGGGUUACCAACAUAUUCAAAUAAUGAUUGACACAUUUUCAUUAAAAACGUUACUUUGAUGAAUUUAUUCAUACUAUUUCAUCCUUCCACAAGAUAUAGUCCCGACACAAAUCUAGGGUUGCUACCCAAGCAAAAUGGUCGUUUGUUCUAUCGGUUCGGUUGCCAGAGACGCUACCCAGUCGUUCAGCUGGAGAUUGAAUUUGAAUAUUGAAACAAUGUUGCAAAUGUCGGAGAGCCAGACAGCAAGGUUUAUACAAAUCUCUGCUGUUGAAAACUAAAUGUUAGUCCAAAAGAAAUGUGACAAUGUCUAGAUGCUGUUUAUAGUGGAGAUUAAGUUGAUAAAUUACCUGGCUGGGCUGAUGAGACAGUGGAUUGCGCAGUCAGAUGGAACAGAGUAAAUAGGCAUUUUAACAUCAUAGAUUUAGUCGGUGGUAACUUGUGGAACAGACACCGGCUGGAAUGCGGUUUUAACCAAUCAGCAUUCAGGAUUAGACCCACCCAUUGUAUAACUUUAAAUAACAUGACCUUGACUUAAAGAUUAUAAGCCCUCAUUGACUUACAUACACUAGUGUCUGUGCCCAAAUAUGAGUGAGUAUAUUGCUCAGUUAGCAAUUCUCUCACUCUCUCUUCCAUCCCCCACCAGGUUCGUCCAGAGCCACCUGGCUGUGUAAGCAGCCCAAGCUGGAUCUCCCCACCCCAACCAGCACACUGAAACCUGGCCAGCCUGACUCUGACGAGGGCAGCCUGAGCAGCGGCACCCACAGCUCCUCUGGAGCUCCCCCAGCCAACGGUCCCACACAGCCCAAGACACUGCCCACCCGACAGGCCUGGUCCCGGGGCUUCCGGCAUAGCCAGCGCUCCUCUGUCUCUAGCUCCGUGAAGGAGUCAGACAUUCUGAGUGAUGAGGACGAUGAUGAGUUCAGUGAGUCUGGGGGGCGGCAGGAGGGGCAAGGGAGCUCCCCGACGAGCGCCAUCGAGGCCCAGUUUCUCAGUCUGAGGCUGUCGGAGGAGGCAGCGUCCUCCCGGGCGCCGGCCCCCCGCGUGCAGCCAGAGGGUGCGGAGGUGGACACCCCGGAGAGCCCGCCCAAACUGGUUCAGGGCCACCACUGCCCCGUGAAGAGGAAAGACAGCAGCAGCCAGCGGUAUAGCCAGGGGGCGCUACUGAGCCUGAGGGAACACAGCCGUUCCAUGGACAGCCAGACGGACGUGGCAGCGAUGGACCUCAACACUCUACUGGAGAGAGAGUUCAGUGUGCAGAGCCUCACCUCCGUGGUCAACGAGGACUGUUUCUACGACCCUACGGACUCUUCAGACACCACAGAUACCACAUACACUGGCAGUGCCCCCAACUCCUCGUAG